AUGAUAACAUUUGGUAGUACCUCUCUCUCUCUAAAGCUCUCUCUCAAAAGCUCUCUCUCUCUCUCUGUGGUAGUUGUGCUUUUCCUUUGUGUCUUUGUAUUUCUCUCUUUCUCAAACCGACCAAACCAAUUCAUUUCUCUUUCUCUCUCUCUCUCUCUCUCUCUCUCUCUCUCUCUCUCUCUCUCUCUCUCUCUCUCUCUCUCUCUCUCUCUCUCUCUCUCUCUCUCUCUCUCUCUCUCUAAAGCUCUCUCUAAAGCUCUCUCUAAAGCUCUCUCUAAAGCUCUCUCUCUCUCUCUCUCUCUCUGUCUCCAUUUGAUGGAUUUUUACGGAGAGAGAGAGAGAGCGCGCAUGACACCAACGGCGGACACCACGAGCAUCGGCUCAAACUCGUCCGACUCCUCCAGUCUCGCCUCUGCCCUCUCCUUCAUCGAUGAGGGUGUCGAUGCGCCUGAUUGGGACCUACAUGAGCUCAACGUCAACCCCAACCCGGCCGAGGCCGCAAAUGGUGCCGCUCCCCUGGCUCAGCCCGAGGCCCCCGUUGCAGCCCAUCACCAGCCCAGCCCGGCCGCGCCAGCUCGGCAGAACCCCGAGCCGGUGGGCUUCAAUAUCAGUGAACUUGGAGGAGCUGCGCCCCCGCGUCGACCGGUGGCCAGUCCGCCGAAUCGUCGACCCGCAACCGGGCCCACAACUCCCAUCUCCAGUUCAGCUCGGCAUGAGGCUAGUCACACUGGCACGGCCUUUUCCCACCUCCAUCGACAGAACCAAGGCUCUCCCUUGCUAUCGCGGCCUCCGGGAGUGCCCGCUCCAGCUGCCCCCAACCCCGCGCAUGCCAGGCCUCCGCACCGUCCCAAUGGCGCCCAAGCCGUGCCGCAAGCAGAGCCAGACCCCGCUGCCCUGGCCAUCUGUCACCGCCCAGCCUAUCGCAAUGGUCUCAUUGAAGGAUUUCUCGAGUAUGGUGACCCUUUGCUGCGCCGCAAAGUUCGCAUGAUGAUUGCUGAUGCGAACAGCAGCCAAGCCCGCAUGCUCAACCUGACUACUCCCUUCACCUCGGACUUUAUCGUCGAACCACCCACCUCGCAACGAUCCUCCCGCCGUGCAUCGCCCACCAGUUUCCGGCAUGGCCUUUUGGCACCAGCGCAAGACGAUGCAGCCCAUUGCCGCCCCGUGUGUGGCAUUGCUUUUGACUCGAGCCCUCGCUACUUUGUGGUUGUGGGCUGGAUGAGUGAUGCUCGGUGGCGAUUUGUCUUCACAGACGUGCACACCCGUGCCAAGUAUGCUGUUCAAGGCACUUUUGAAGUGGCUCAAAAAACAAUGCACGGUGUCGUCUUUCCCAUCUCGAGCCUGGGCGCAGCUGGCAAUGCUGGUGCUUGCACGCUGCAAGUCUUAGAUGUGAGUGAUGUCCAGCAGGCCGACUCCCCAAGCGCUGUGCGCGCGCCCCUGUCGCCUGAAUUAGUGGCCAAGCUUCUUCUUGCCCAUGACAUGCCGCAGGCUGCCCAACUGUUGUUAACGGCAGCCAAACGCAAGCCUUGCGAUUUUAUUACCCUAACUGGCCUCUCUUACAUGCAGCUGCGUGAGCAUCUUGGACCUCACUCGGUGGGUGUUGUCGUCUACCAUGUGAUUGUCGUAGAUCUACCCACGGAAGCCGAGGCGUUUCGCGUCAUGGCAGUCUUGGAUUGGUUGCUGCAUUUGCGCCGCCGGGCGCGCCUGGCCUCAAGCGCACGUGUGUAUUGUCACGUCCCCAUGAGUGACCUGCUGUUUCGGCGCAUGUCUGGCUUUGAGCGCGUUGUGUCCAUGAAUUUUCGUGAGCUGGCCUUGUAUCUCAGCAAGCCCGGUGAAGAAGCGGCUCGCAUGUCUGGCGCCUCUGUACCUCGACUUUGGAAUGAGCAGUCUCCCGACCUGCAGAAAGGCAUCAAUCAGCUCUCCUUGCAUACAGAACGCUUGCGACACCUGCAACGUACCAGCCUAGCUUCCAAUUCCACCCCGGCCGGAGGUGCUACCUUUGCCAAGCAUCUGCUGGCACUGCACCCCACUCAACUGCGGCAGAGUGGCUUUCAACUUGUCACCGAGCGUGCCUUUGACUACUUUCAUGAAUACGUCUACUAUCUGCAGCACAGAGACUCACUGCUGGCCUACAAGGGCAACUGCCACUACCUCAUGGGUCUCAUGAUUCAGGGCGACAGCGUCCCAGACGUGUACACUCUGCUUCGCGUCCAACCUUCAAGUGCCGGCGCUCAACAGGCCGGCCAACCCUUGACUGCCUUUAGCAAAAACCAGGAUAUCAAAACACUGUUGGAGCAGCACUGCCAGGCCUGGAUGCAAAUCCAGGGCCCGCUUUUGGAUGCCUCCCAAGUGCACUAUGAAACGCCAGAGGUUUCACAUGACGAAGAAGCCGAGGAGUCACUCAGUGAAGACGAGGACAGCCACCCUUUGCCCACAAGCCCAAAGACGGUACACUCUUACUAUGAUGCCGCGCGGCCCUUUGAGAACCUCCACCUUGUUGUCCCAUUUUUGCUGUUGAUUUCUGCGUACGCUCUGGCCGUGUCCGUGGCCGUUCGCUUCCUGACCUCGGACGGCAUGCUGCGCGCCAAGAACGUUUCUUCGGAGGCCGGCCGCUUGGAGUGCAUGCUGGUGGAUCCGGCCUUAAUCCUCGUCUCGGUCGUCCUUGUGGUCAUUCUCUGGAAUAGCUUCAUGCGCUUACGGCACUUUAUUGUCAAGUUUCGCUAUUUGCAGCCCACUGUGCUACUUGACUCUAACUUUGCACGUUUAUCGCAGAUUCAUGUGGCCACGUACCUUUUGCGCACAUUCGUCCUUCUACUCUUUGCCUACCUCGUCUACGUUACGCCCAUCUUGGUGCGGCCGCCUUGGGCAGUUGCGCACAUCCACACGGUUCUGGUCUUGCUCACGGUUACGACGGAUGUCGAGUUUGCCAUGUACAUGAUGCGCUUUGCACCUCUGCACAACAACCUCUGGGGUCUCAAAGCAUGGCAAGUCUGCUUGGUGCCGUUCUGGCUACUGGAUCUGCUGUUGGUGAUUGCACCGCUGCUCGAGCGGGCUAUACAGUUGGAUUUUCGUGCGCCACCGCGUCGUCCGUUGGAAGCGGUGCUCGAUAGCGACGAGGCAGCCGAAGGUCGGGCCUUGCUGCCCCAUGACCCUCGGAGCCGCGGUCACAUUGGUGCCUAUGGCAGUAUCAACCGCUCAGAACAAGAGCUGGACGACGAGGAUUUUGAGCGCAACUUUGACAAUCAAGAAGGCUUGUGCUCGCACGUCUGGUCGGGCUGGCUCGAGCCACUGAUCUGUCUGCCAUGUUAUGGUUGCUUCUCGCGCGCUCGCCGUGCUCGAAAACAGCUUCGAGAGCUGUUGUGGGUCCUAUCACACGAUUCCAGCCUGAGUGAUGACACAAGCACAUCGGUCCCCGCGAUCGAUAUCCAAGAACUAGAGGGGUUGGCACUGAUAGAGUGCUCAGAUAGCUAUUCAGUCUAUCACGCUGAAUACCAACAUCAUGCUGUGAUUGUGGAGAACUUUUCACCUCUGGAUCAGCUUCAUUCGAUUCCUGCAGGCGUGGUCAGCGGACCAGAAGAAGAGAUCCGAUCAUUGCGGGGCUUGAAUCAUCCCAAUGUAGUGGCGAUGUACGGCACGGGUGUACAUGACGGCAUGCGCUUUGUAGUGACGGAACGUCCAGAGCGGGGAAGCUUGCAGGAGUUGUUGGAUUCGAGCUACUCGAGUCUCACGCUGGUGCAGAAGAUGAGCAUCACCUGCGACAUUGCGGCGGGCUUGGCAUACCUGCAUGAUCAGCGCCCACCAGUGGUGCAUCGCAACCUGCGUCCAGCCACCAUUCUACUCGAUCGAUCGCUGACGGCCAAGAUUGGCUAUUUUCGGUCCUCGCGGCGCCUUAUGGAUCGCAUUUGGUGCGAGGCGGCGGGUGUGCUUCCGGAUGCCAGCAGCGUGCGUCCCCCAACUCCGCGCAUGGGUUCGCGUGGUUUUAUGGCCCCGGAGAUGUGCACUGGUGCCACGACUUACGGCCGCAAGGUUGAUGUGUACAGCUUUGCCAUGCUGGUGUGGGCUAUUUGGACGGGCGCUCGUCCAUAUAACGAAUACAGCCAUUUGGUCGAGUUGGAGGCAGCAGCUGCAGAGGGCGUGCGACCGGUGCUGGAUCAUCGGUUUCCAUCACAACUCGCUGCUUUGAUCCAGCGGUGCUGGCACGGCAAGCCCAACGCACGGCCCGAUGCGCAAGAGGUCUUGGCUGAGCUUCGACGCAUGGACGGGCAGCUUGAUUUGUAGCCGCCACAGAGGCUGAGUUCUUCAACACCACUUUCAGACGCAUUUAUUCAGAGUCUUUGAUGAGAAUCUGAGUGUUAGUUCAAAGACGGCCCUCCUUUACAAAGAGGGCGAGAGACACAGACAGAGAGAGCGCAUAGUAGAGGACAAAUGACAUUUCGCCCGUAGGUUAUGCUAGGCCAACCCACGAUUAUUUUGACCUGUGAAUUGACUGUUGCUUGCAUG